AUGACUCUAAAAAUCUCCUUAACAGCCAUUCCUGGGUGGCCAAUUCCCAGAAAAGCUACAGUCGGAAUGAUAAUAUCAUUCGUGAUACUUUCCAUUGUUAUUUUAUCAUCAAUCGGAGUUACUUUUUUCCAAAUUGUAAAUCUCAAAAACCUCCAAAGUUUCCCAGGAAUUAGCGUUCAGGUGUCCGAAAUGAACGGAAACCAGUACGCCAGUUUGUUUAACUCACAGAAUGGGGGUAAUGCAACAACUUUACUUGAAUCGUUCGGACUCCUGGAUCAACAAAGAGAUAACUAUACCGUCUUGUUUAACGAACUGUCAUAUGCUACUUUGGACGCUAACGGAACACGCAGCAGCCAAAAGUUGCGAGUUACUGGAGGUAACAGCAACAGUUCAGUAAAUUACGAGACUGUUGCAGACCUGGUGUUGCUCCAAAACCUAGACAUCUCUACCGCCAUUACUCUCCAAAAAUAUGGACAAGUUAAUCAUCCUACAGUUUUUAAUGGCGAGACGGUUAAAUUGACCUCUUUGUACACACCGUUUAUCUUUUUCGGUGCAUUCCAUGUUGCUCUUAUGGCACUAUCAUGCUGGCCCGUGUUGUAUAUUCCUGGAACUUAUUUCCAGCAAAAACCAAAGGGAUCGCCCAAUAAAUCCAAGAAGAUUUUGUUGUACGUGUAUGUCGGAUUCAUUUUCUUCUCAAUGCUUUACCCUCUUUUCACCCUGGGAUACUUUGCGACACGCGAAACAUUAAUGGACAGCGCGCUGCAGACCCUAAACGCAACUAGUGGAUUAUUUGCAACGCGCCAGCCACAUAACAGCAUUCUUGAAUGGCUUGUAUUUAUCACGACGGUCUUGUUUAUAUUCCUGUUGUUAUUUUGUGGAAUCUUUUUUCAUAGUAUGGGUUCAGCGUAUUACGAAAAGGUUUAUAAUGACUUUACCUGGACCGUUCAGUUUGAUGAUAUUGAUUCGGAAAUAAAUAAUGACCUUUUGUCAAAAGUUUCAUAUUCAGAUCCAUUAAUGGUAAAUAAAAAAAAAGGGUAUAAGUUAAGUGAUUAUUAA